GUGAUGACUGCAGCGCCGGCCAGGCAGGGUAUAUACAUAUGUCACAAGUAUAUAGGAACUCGCAGGAGGCUGAAUUCUGUUCUAUCACAGGCAGAGAAUCAAUGUGAACGUUCUGCACAAGUGGGCACAAAGGUUUCUUCCCAUCAUCAGGACACCAUGCUACGUACCCUCAUCUUCCUCACCUGCUGCCUCUGUGCCGUGGAUGCCCAGUUCCCCCGAGUCUGCACCAGUGAAGCCGCCUUUCGCACCAAGAGUUGUUGCCCACUGUGGAAGGACAGAAGCCCAUGUGGUUCCCUGUCAGGACGUGGAAAAUGCAUCAAUUGGGCUCAGUUGACAGGACAGAAAGUCCCCCAGUACAACGAUGACCGUCUGGAUUGGCCAAGGAACUACUACGACAACACCUGUGAGUGCUAUGGGAACUUUAGCGGCUUUGACUGUGGUGAUUGCAGGUUCGGCCACCAUGGAGAGAAAUGUGACCGGAAGAAAGUGGUGCUGCGGCGGGAGCUCCGGGAACUGACCUUUGUGGAAACAGAAAGAUUUUUCAGCUACCUGGCUCUAGCCAAGACGACCAAAAGCAGAGACUUUGUGGUCCUGAGCACGGGAGACAGACACCACCGGGAGACCUAUCGCUUUGUGGACGCCUCUCUUUAUGAUGUUUUUGCAUGGAUGCAUUAUUAUUCCAUGAAACCUCUAAUGAUAAAUAGCACAUUUGAUAACAGUAAGAACUAUGCUCAUCAGGGCCCUGCAUUUCCUGGGUGGCAUCGGCUAGGACUUCUCUUCUUGGAGAGACAAAUCCAGCUGAUGACGGGAGAUGAGGACUUUGCGAUUCCAUACUAUGACUGGAGGGGGGAGAAGAACUGCUCCAUCUGUAUCGAUGGCCUAUUGGGAAGUAACGAUGCCCAAGGGGUUCUGCAUCCAUACUCUCAUUUCUCUUUCUGGAAGGCCAUCUGCAGUGGGUUCAACUUCCCGGAUGAAUAUUGCCCACUGGCCGAUGUGGAGGAUAAAAUGGAGCGGCUGCACCGCAGGCCGGGGACCACACCUUACGCCCCCAAUCUUCCCACCUUUCAGGAUGUGGAAAAUUUGCUGAAAAUAGAAGACUUUGAUUAUCCACCAUUUAAUGAGACCGCAAGAUACAGUUUCCGCAACGCCCUGGAAGGUUUCCUGGAUCCUGAUGGGGUGACCCUGAAACGCAGCAUGCAUAACCUGGUGCACAUAUAUCUGGGGGGCACCAUGUCUCAAGUCCCUAUCUCCAGCAAUGAUCCCAUCUUCAUACUACAUCACAGCUUCAUUGACAAGAUCUUUGAGACAUGGCUAACAAGAUACAAUGCGUCUCCAGACACAUACCCUGAGAAUAAUGAGCUGGGUCAUGGUCCAAAUAAUUGUACAACGCCGUAUUUCCCAUGUUACAAGAACAAAAUCCUAUUUCUCAAGUCGACAGAUUUCGGAUAUCGAUUUUCAGAGUUCUCCAGGAAGCCACCGAUGGGGAGGAAGAGACACCAGUGACGCUGAAGGUCCAGACAUCUGAUCUGGGGUGGCAGAUGCUCCAUAUAGCUGGAAUAUGUGUGAUAACAACAGAAGGGUUCAUAUCCAGCCUUGUAUUUUACUGUGCAUGUAUGUACCCCACAUACUGACCAACACUAAUGAUAAUAAUAAUUAUAUGACUGUCAGUACAACGCUGACGGAGCUUACAACAUAAGCCCUACUAAUAGUGCGCUGUAUACAGGUAGAAAUCCAUCCAGGGUGCAAUGUGCGUUAUACUACUCAUUAAAGGUUCAGCUCUGAGUGUCAGCCGUCACAGCGUUCUUACUAGUUCCUAUCUCAGCUGUGUCUCAUUACAUAGUGUUCCAUCUACUACUAGUCCUCCAUUAAUACUCAGCUCUUUGUACCUCUACACUGUACUACAACGUACCCAUCACCUGGCCAGCAGUCUGGACAAGGAAACAAUCAGGAACCCCCAGAUCUGCCACAGAUGGAAAGUCUGCACUGUGUACCUUCAUUAUCUAAGCAGCCGCACCAGUAGGUAAUUUUAUUCCCUUUCCUCCUGCUUACUGCAAUUGAUUGGGACACACUGUAAUUACCAUUACCUUACUAGUACAGAGGGGCCUCAUACCCCGUACCUCAAUACGCCACACGUUAUGUGCGAAAAAGACACUCUGUAUCGCCAAGUCACGUGGGACCUGGCGUUCUUUGUGUACGUCCAUUACAAUCUCUGUCACGGACAUUUAUCUGUAUUAUAUAAUGUUACUGUGUCUUGUCCUAUAAAUGUCUUUCUCUUAAUGAUAAAAAUGUAACUGUAAAGUAAAAAUAAAACCACUGAUAUUAAAGCUGUUUACAAAUUAGAUGUUAUAAUAAAACACAGUUUUGGGUGUGUUACACAGGGGGUGUAGGGCCGACGUCAGUUAGAUGUCUGUUCUGUAUCAUUAUUAU